AUGGAUCCCAGCUGGCCCUCGCGUCAGCCUCAUAGUGCCACAUCAGACCCGUUUUUCGAUCUCUUGCCACCGUCGACUGCAUCUCAACCGUCCUCCGCGCGCUCCACGUCAUCGGCGUCCGCGUCCACAUCAUCCGUGCUCGACGACCUCUACCGCUUCGGCUCAGGAACCAAAGCCUCGGCAACGAUGCCCGGCAGUGGUAGCAACAGCAGCAGCCUCGGCAGCGGCGGCGGCGCCGGCGGCGGCGUUGGCGGGGGCAGCGCGGGGUAUUCGUCGGGUGAAGGGAAAUCCGCGCAAGGAGCUGCGGGCGGCGGGAUGUACGCGGUGGGCGGAGAUGCGCGCGCGCAGGUAUCGCUGGACGGGCUCUUCCCCGCGACCGGGGACCUGAGCGCGGACCGCGGGCAGCACCAGCAGCAGCCUCUCUACAUGCCCUCCUCGUCCGCCUCGCGCGCUGGAGCGUCCGUGUCUCCCUCAACCUUCUCCUCCUCUUUGUCCGCUUCAGCCUCCCCGUCCCCUUCACUCUCCUCCUCCUCCGCCCCCUCGAAUCCCCCCUCCUCGUGGUCCGCGUCAGUGGGGACAGCCAUGCGCGCAGCAGCGGGGUGCGGGGGAGGGGGAGGAGUAGGGGGAGGUGGGGGAGGGCGAGGCGGAGGGGGAGGCUUCGGAGGUGGUUACGUUGGGGGGGAUGGGGGGCAAGCAGCAGGCUCAGGCACAGGAGCCAGUGGUGGUGGCAGCGCUGGUGGCGGCAGCAGCAGUGGUGGCAGCAGUGGGGGCAGCAGUGGGGGCGGAAGCUUAUCCAUGGGCGGGGGGGAGGGCAUGCGCGCAUCAGCAGCAGCGCGCGCCCCAGCAACCGCCGCGGACCUGAGCCACGUCACGUCCGCGGUUCUGGGCGGCGUGGAGCGUCUGUUGCAGCGGUUCGCGGGCGGCGUGGGCGCGGCCGUGGGGGAGGUGGGGGCGCGCGUUGGCGCAGUGGAGAGCGCAGUGGGGGCGCUGCAGCGCGAGGGGGAGAGGGGGUGGCGGGAGAUGGGGGAGAGGCAGGCGGAGCUGGAGGGGCGGAUGCGAUCAAUGGAACAGCUGCUGCUGGAGCAACCUCCAUCCCCUUAUCCCUCACCCCCCUUCCCUCCCGCUCCCCCCUUUCAUCCUGUUUGGCUGCCCCCCUCAAUAUUAAGCCCGUGUGUUCCUCUGAUCCUUCCCCCAUGCGCCCCUCUGCCCCUACCCCCCAUUUCACCCUUUCCCCACCCAUCCCUCUGCCCCUUCCCCCCCCUGUACCUCUGCCCAUUCCCCCCCUGUCCCCCGGCCCCUUCCCCCCCUGCCCCUGUCCCCCGGCGCCGCAUGCUCACAUGGCAGGUACAGAGGGGCAUUCAGGUGCUGCGGGACCGACACGAACUAGCCGACGCUCACGCACAGCUCUCUCGCCUGCACUCCCUCUCCCUCGCCUCCGCACCUCCCAGCACCGCUGCUGGUUCCAUCGGUACCGCUGCUAACUCCACUGAUACCGCCGGUGGUGGUGCUGCUGCUGCCAGCACCAUUCUCGCGCUGCCCGCUCCUCCUGCCCCUGCUGCUGCUAUCCAGCCCACCCAGCCGCCCCCUCCUCCCCCAUACGCCUCUCCUGCUCCUCAUCCUCCCCUCGCUCCGUUGCCUCUCCCUCACUACCUUGCUUCCGCCCCAUCUCCGCCCUACUCUUCCCCAGCUUCCUCCCCUCCUCCUCCCUACCCUGAGCCUGCGUCUGCUCCUCCUGCCCCUGCUCUGCCUGCCACGGCCCCCCCACCUCGUGUUAAUGCUCCAACCGCACCUGCUGCCCCUGCUCCUGUUGCCUACCCUUUCCUCGCACCCACUGCUGCCCUGCUGUCACAGACACUGUUGCCCCACCCGCAGCAGCAGCAGCAGCCGCAGCAGCAGCAGCAGCAACAGCCACAGCAGCCGCAGCAGCAGCAGGGAAGCAGUGGGUAUCCUUCGUCCUCUUACUAUUCUGAGGCACAGGCACAGGCACAGGCACAGGCACAAGAGCAGGCAGAAAGGCAAUACCGUGGGAACUUUGUAGUGUAUCCAUCUCUACCUCUAGCCCCGCACCACACACAGCACCUGGCAUCUGCACAGCGGCACCAGGAGCAGCAGCAGCAGCAGCAGCAGCAGCAGCAGCAGCAGCAGCAGCAGCAGCAGCAGCAGCAGCAGCAGCAGCAGCAGGAGCAGUUGCAUCAGCAGCAGCAGCAGCAGCAGCAGCAGAAUUUGCAGCAACACCACCACCAGCUUCAGAAUUUUCAGGAGCAGCAGGAGCAGUUUCUGCAACAGCAGAAUUUUCAGCAGCACCAGCAGCACCAGCAGCAGCAGCAGCAGAAUUUUCAGCAACAGCAGCAGCAGCAGAAUUUUCAGCAACAGCAGAAGCAGCAGGAAGGAGGCAGUCAGCAUGUGGCACAACAGGCGCAGCAGCAGCAGCAGUACGGUGCGGGGAGUGUGGUUGACUCAGGCAUGUAUGCCCCCCCCGCACCUCAUGCCAUGAUGUACUAUCCACAUGCGCCACCUCCCCCAUACGGCAUACCUCCCCCUCCUCCGCCUCCCGCCGGGCAACCCAUGCCAAUGCCCAUGCACUCCAUAACUCAGCAGCACCAGCAGUUUCACCAGCAGCAGUACGAGCAGCAGCAGCAGCAGCAGCAGCAGCAGCAGCAGCAGCAGCAGCAGCAGCAGCAGCAGUACCCGCCUCUGCCUCCUCAACCACCUUACCCCCAGUCCCUUUAUCCUUACCCACCCCCUCCUCCUCCCCCCGGCGGCCCCCCCGCUCCCCCAAUGCCUCCCCAGCCCUAUUUCACUCCCCCUCCCCCACCCCUGACUCCCAGCUACCCCUCUUCCCCUUCCCCUGGGGCCUUCCCCCCAUCCUCCCCUUCCCCAGGCGCCUCCCCCGCCCCACCUGCACCCCUUCCCCUUGCCCACCCUGUCGCAGCACCCAUGGGGAAUGGGCCCAGGGGGACGGGCGGGGGAGCGGGGGCAGCAGCAGCAAGGGGCGGAGUGAGGGGAGGGGGCGGAAGGAGAGUCACGUUUGCAGAACCUGUGAGUGAUUCAGGGAUGGCAGGAGCAGGGGCAGGAGGGAGGGCAGGAGGAGAAGGCUCCCGAGGGGUGGGAGGGUCUGGGUCUGGGUCUGGUGCUAAUGUGAGUACGAGGAGUGUGCCUAUAGAGAAGGUGGUGGAUGACGUGGCAAGCAUGGGGUUUGCGAGGGAGCGCGUGCGGGCGGCGGUGCAGCAGGUGAUGGACUCGGGGCGGGGCGUGGACCUGAAUGCCGUGAUUGAUCGGCUCAUGAAUGGAUGA